AUGGCCUUCGACCCACGUUACGUCGCCUUUGAAGGUCGCUUACACGCUGAUUGUCGUACUGCCGAGUAUAUUGGACGUGCCAAUCACGAUGCCGAUGCUGCGUGCUUUCGAUCUCGGUGUGCAGUCGAUAAUCGCACUUGUUCUCGCAUCUUUUACUUUGAGACUCAGAUUGUCGCGACAUGUCCUGAUAAGUUUGAUAAUGUCACAUCUUCACGAUCAAAGACUGCGAAUUGUUUAACGCCAACACAAGUGCAAGACAACGACAUUGUGGCUCAUAAUAGACAACAAUUAAUAGAACGUGAGGCAAUGGAUAUGGAAGACAUCGAGCGUGAGCAUUCCGAAGGUAUUCCUCGAACAUUUAAUGUCAAUUUAUCUUCCAGAACCAUCCAGCAAAUGCGAUCACGUCUAGACCAUCGUCGUGUGCGUCGUAAUUUAAAAAAAUCAAGAUUUCAGCAUCAAGUGGCUGUGGGUUUUUUAAUGGAUACUCCAGAACCCAUUGGGAUAAUUCUGUCAACCAAUUGUCCCAGUAAAAGUGGGUAUCAUGAGGUGAAAGAUUCCAUGCAAUUGGUUAUUAAUCCUUCUGCCUUACCAGAUGGUACACUUGAAACAUCUGGAGAUGAGGAAUAUUAUUCCACAAAAGAUCAAAAAAUUCCGACUAUAUUGCAUCGAAAUUUAGGAGAAAUGAAGAAUUCAGUCGCUUAUGUUGGUAAAACAGGUCACAUUGCGUUUGAGGUAGCUGCGAUUGUAUUUGCUACGAUCUUCACACAGUCUCUCACGACAGGAAAAGCUACUAGUUUCAGGAAUAUACUUCACUCGUUUUUUGGUGAUCAUGAAGACGCUACUUCAGAGAAAGGUGCUCACAUAAAUUCGAGUAUAGACGACAGAACGUGUGUCUAUGACUGGUCAAGUUUAAGUUGUAAACCGAAAUCCAAGUGUUCGAUACAAUAUACGUUUGGUGAUAUGACACCAUCCCAAGCUUGUCGAGUAACGGAUGUUGGAGAUCAUACAAGAGUUCCACAGCAACUUCAUUUAGCAUUUGCAGGCGAUGAGCCUGGAACGGGUAUGGCUAUCUCUUGGGCAUCAUUUGCAAUUGAGGAUGACGCAUCUGUGUGGCUGGAGAUGAAGACUAUUCGUUUCGGUUGUGUCGCUGAUGCCAUGUCGCAAAGUGCUGUGAGUUCCUUUAGAACUUCUCGUGCAGCUGGUGAUACGCAUCCAUUUGUUGUGGCUGUGUAUGGAGAUAUGGGCACCGAAAAAAAUUCAAUCGCAUCCAAUAAGUAUGUCAAUAAUUUGGCUGGAAAAGUGGACUUUAUCUAUCAUUUAGGUGAUAUUUCGUAUGCUGAUAAUGAUUAUUUGACUGCCAAAACUGCGUUUGGAUUCUUUUACGAAGAGCUUUGGAACAAAUUUAUGAAUUCUUUGACCAAUGUCAUGCGUCGUAUGGCCUACAUGGUGGUAGUGGGCAAUCACGAAGCAGAGUGUCACUCACCAACUUGUAUCGUCUCAGACACGAAGAAAGAUCAACUUGGCAACUAUACGGCAUUUAAUACUCGCUUUCGAAUGCCUUCGCGGGAAAGUGGGGGUGCUUUAAACAUGUGGUAUUCUUUUGACUAUGCCUCGGUACAUUUUACAACCAUUUCAAGCGAGACAGACUUUCCGAACGCACCCGAAAAUGUAUAUUACACAAGACGCAAGUAUGGUAACUUUGGGAAUCAAUUAGCUUGGCUAGAAGCAGAUUUGAAAGCUGCUGAUGCCAAUCGUGCUAAAGUACCUUGGAUUGUUGUUGGAAUGCAUCGACCUGUAUACACACUUCGAUCUUGCGAUAUGAAUGGUAGACCUACUGAUGAAUACGAGUCGCUGAAAGUUCAGAAAGCAUUUGAAGGGCUAUUUAUCAAAUACAAGGUUGAUUUAGUGUACCAAGGGCACGUACAUUCUUAUGAGCGCCUAUUUCCGACGGCAAAUAGUAAAGUGAUCAUGGACGGUGUGUCUAAAGAUGGUAAAACUUAUCAUAAUCCCAAAGCACCUGUGCACGUCAUUGCCGGUAUUGCUGGUAAUUCCGAAGGUCUCUACCCGUACGAGAACCCUCCACACCCACAAUGGUUGGCUCAUAUGGACAAUAAGCACUUUGGUAUCACUAAACUCUCCGUCACUCCAACAAAUCUUACAGUUACAAUGAUUGAGGCUGCUACAGGGAUCGCGCAUGACGAGUUUUCGAUCAUUAAAACAACUUCGAAUGGUAAAAUUUAUUAG